UUUUUUGGCUUAAAGUGGUGCUACUUGCAAAAAAGGAAAAGAGAACAAAAGUGAUUGUUGUUAGAGGAAAAUGUUAGGUAUUUGUGCUCGGAAACCCUGAGCUUUUUAUUUGUAUUCUUCGUUCGAAGAAGCCUUUUAUUUCCGUGUUCCUUUUGUUUCAUUUCUCUAAAUAGUUUUUCUUCUCUUCGUUUGUUUCAGCGUGCCACUCAUCACCGCUUACGAACUAGGACGGUCAGGUACCUCGCGUCACCUUGAGCUACUUCGACGACAUGACGUAAAUAGCUUCGCUGUAAAUUCCUGCUGACGUGUGAAACGCCGUCGUCCAGAUAGACGAUGUGAAAGGUACCCCAGGGAUUCACAGGCAAUAAAUCUUCUUUUGAGCAUCUGGAGCACCUCACUGACAGUCUUGGAAGGACGUCUGUUCCAGAACUUCCACGGAAGGCCGAGGAGCAAGGCUGCCGCUGGUCCACGAAAGGUCGACGAAGAAUGUGAACACCGACGUCUUGCGCGUCGCCGGGGACAAGGGGCGCCUUGCCAGUGGUUAGGGCGUCUUCCACAUCUCGUCAACGACCCCGUGUCCAUCACAUGGCUCAAGGAACAUGGCAAUGAACGGCAGCGUGGCGGUUGCGCCCUCGCCGCUCCUAGGCGCGGGGAUAACCUGGAAUGACACCGUUGACGACCCGAUCUACGACGACUAUCCACAAGGGGGCGUGACGCUGUUACGGGGUAACGGCAGCAACGGCGACGAGAAUGCAUGGAACGAGACGGAGUAUGACUACGACUACGAGAAGGCCCUGAAUACUUUCUUUUGGAGUCAGCUGGCGCCGGCGUUAGCAGUAUACUCCGCUACCUAUCUGGUGGGCGUGACUGGCAACGGCCUCAUCAUCUUCACCAUCUGCCGUUUUCGCCGCCUCAAGACCACCACCAACGUGUUCCUCGCCUCGCUUGCCUCUGCCGACCUGUUGCUCAUCCUCCUCUGCAUUCCCGUCAAGCUGGCGCGUCUCUUCUCCUACUCGUGGACGCUCGGGGCAACGAUGUGUAAGACGCUGUACUUCUUGCAGGCGUUGUCGGCCAUCUGUUCGGUUCUCACCCUCACCACCAUGAGUAUAGAGAGGUACUACGCCAUCGUGUAUCCCAUGCGGGCCCAGUAUCGCUGCACCAUCUCCCAGGCCAAGCGGCUCUGUGUGGGACUGUGGCUUCUAUCGCUGCUCCUCGCCUCCCCUGUUAUCCUUAUGCAGGUACACAUGGAGGUCGGGUCCCGUGUGCGCGCCUUCUGGUGUGUGCGGGACUGGGACUCGCCGCGGCUGUGGCGGGGCUACGAGACCUAUAUGAUGGCCGUUGUGCUGCUGCUGCCCGCCUCCGUCAUGGCCGCCGCCUACACGGCCAUCGGCGGGGCCAUCGUGACCAUGGUGGCGCGCCGGCGGGCCAUCACCGGCAAGGGCCAAAUUGCUGACGGUGGAUCGCUCUUGAACGACAACUCCCGAAGGCGACGACGUGACGCCCAAGACUCGGAGGUGCUUCAGGUGGUGUCGAUGCUGGUGGUUGUGGUACUGCUGUUCGUGCUGUGCUGGUCGCCCGUGCUGGUGCUGAAUGUACUGAAGGCCUACUCCGUGGUGCCUACCUACUCCCCAACACUCAAGCAUGUCUCCACCGUAGCCGAUCUUCUCUCAUAUUGUAACAGCUGCGUCAACCCUUUCGUUUAUGGGUUCAUGUCUAAAAACUUCCGCAAGAGUUUCAAGCAAGUGUUGUGUUGUCGCCAUGGCCCUCCCCGCCCCCCCACACACCUGUCACUCACUCGAACCUCUAUCAUGCGCCACCACAGCGAUUCCAGUCGCGUGUGGAGCAGCCGAAGUGUCAUCGCUCGCGUUACCUUCCCUCUCAACGCCAGCAGCAAUGGGCGCAGCCUGCCGUUAGAGAACUCAGUGGUGUACAAGACGACGCCUUCAUAGUCCAGCAGGAUGCACCAGGUUGGGGUGGCAGCGCGGCGCACCACAAGGGCUGGUCGCUUCGCUGGAGAGGGUCUGCGGCAAGAACUGGAUCUUUGGCCUUGGUCUCAGACUUUUUCGUGUUCUCAAACAAAGGUCUGAGAGGAUGCUGAAGACCUUGAUUAUUGCGGUAGUGAAGAAAAGUGACCAAGGCUAAGGGUGGACACUUGUGUGACCGAAGGCUUCUGUGUUGUGCUACUAGAACUCAUGAGGUUCGUCGGCAUGUAUCAGGGUAUAGUAAGAAAGUGAGUGAACUUAGAAAUACUUAAAAAGAUAGACCAACAAAUAUUAGAAUCAGUGGGAGCACAAUGUAAGACAAAUUAUGUGUGACCGUCUAGUGAUAGUGCAUUACGUUCAACCCUCGAUUUCACAAAGCCAUGAGAAUCUUGCUGGUGCAUCUCGUGGGCGACCAGCAGUUUAACGUUCGACUUCACAAUAGUUAGAUUUCUUUACCUCUUUCAUCCCUCAGGCGACCAAUCUGUUUGGCCGUUUCUUACCAUUAAAACUGCAACCUCUUACCUGCAUACAGGUCAUCCUUUUUCUCGGAAUAUGAUUAAAAAUAUGUAUGACACGGUCGUGUGUGUGUGUGUGUGUGUGUGUGUGUGUGUGCGCGCGCUAGUCGCAAUCAAUAUGUUUAUUUAAAUGAUGUAUCAUAACUAAAGUACGUGUCAGUGAUUAUACAUGGAGAUUUCUUGUCAUAGAUGUUACUGUUUCAUAAUCAACUAUAAUAUAUGCGUCUCACUAUGGGAAAAACAUUACUGUUGCAUUAAAGAUGAACUCCGGGAGGGCAGCAUGAGAUAAUGCAAGAUGGCGCCACUAUAAACAUUCGCCUGCGCCAGAACGGGCUGGGGCGACCAUCAGGCCCCACCGGGAAGAAGCCUUGGGCCGCAUCAGGAUCCAUCGGGAAGAAGCCUACCGGCGCAAUAGGCCACGGCGUAAAAGAGAGAAAAAAACAGCAUGAGGGGGAUGAGGGGAUGGAGGAGAAUGGAGCCGUGGAUGAUGGUGGUGGAGUGAUUGGGAGGUGUUCCAGCGGUGAUGCUAAGACGAUUACAACAACACAGUUAUCUCGUUCCGUCUUAUCUGCAGAAGUUGAGAAGGAUUCGAAACUUUUGUCAGAAACUCUUGUUGUUUCGUACGCAUCGGAGGAACCACUGUUUCUUGGUAUUUCUUAUUAAUCAAUCCCAACCUAGCUAGGAGAGGAAGAGGAGCAGCCGGAGGAAAUAAUAAUUUAGUCUCUCUCUCUCUCUCUCUCUCUCUCUCUCUCUCUCUCUCUCUCUCUCUCUCUCUCUCUCUCUCUCUCUCUCUCUCUCUCUCUCUCUCUCUCCAUUGUUUUGAAGGCCAUUGCGAUGCUACAUCUUUUCUUCUCUCUUCCUCUCUUCAUUCCUCCUCUGUCACUACCACUGCCGCGAGUCUUCCUCUCUCACAUUCUUUAGCCUUCCGUCUGUCCCUCCCUCCCUCUUUCGCUCCGGUUCGAUCCCUCCUUCAGUCUCUCCUCCAUCCUCACCGCUUCCUUCUCACGCCCGCUGUACACCCUCGCACCCGAUCGUGUCACCCCCCCCCCCCGCGGCCACUCCUCCUCGUGUGUUAGGUUAAGUUUUAGCUUUUAUUAAAAUUCCGCGGCCAUGAUUUGAUAAUAUAACUAAAGGCGGUGUCACACUAGCACUUUUUCCGUCAACUUUUUCCGUCGUUUUUCUGAAAAUCGUCGAUAUCUUGGCUGCGGCCUGUCACACACAAACGGUGUUUCGUCUGAAACUUUCCGUCGGCACAGACCAAGGAAUGUAAACAAACAUGGAGUCCACGCUGCGGCAAAGAUACGCUGCUCUGAACCUAAUACUGUGUAUUGUGAGACUUAGACGAGCUAAACAAGCCAAAAAGCAUGCAUGGAUGCGCUCAUGGUUGGCUCAUGGUUUGAGGAUCAUGAGACUCUGAAGAAUUGGAUCAGGUUGGACAAGAGCCAGUACCACAGACUGCUGGAGUUAGUGACACCUCUUAUUGCCAGAAGUGACACCAGGAUGAGGAAGGCUGUCACUGCAGGAGAGCAUUUGAGACAGGUUGAAGCCACGCGGAAAGUCUCGGUCUUGGUCUUGGAAAUGUAAACAAAGGCGGAAAUUUGCAGGCGGAAACGAUCCUGAUCGUCUAACAAAUUCAUGCGAUAAGUUCAUGCGGAACGAUGAAAAAUCGACGGAAAUCGCAUUAAUCGACGGAAAAAGUGCUUGUGUGACACCGCCUUAAGGAGCUUACUCCCUGGCGUGUUUCCUGAGGCUCGCAUCGCCCUAAUUCUCUACACGACCUCUUAAAAAUGGCAAGGAGGAAGUUAUUCAACGUUCAUUAUGCCCUCUUUUAUCGAACGAAUAAAGUAAAGAGUAAAAAUUGUAGGAAGUGUGUGUGUGUGUGUGUGUGUGUGUGUGUGUGUGUGUGUGUGUGUGUGUGUGAGAAGUAUUUAUAGUGUAUUCUUUUAUAAUAAGAAAUAUUUAUAAGAUAACUUAUGGCUCAGAAAAUCCGUAUGUAAGGAAAUAGCCCAGAAAAGGCGAUGUGGAAGAACAAAGGCGCACUAUUGUCUCAGUAUUGUAUCGUCUUAACUGUGCGUUGUGGGUAUUGUUUGUUCUACUAGUAAGCAAAUGGUAAACAAAUUGUGCACUAAUAGAAAUAUACGUUAUUCGUUCCGUAUUGUACCGUGGUCUUGACUGUACUAAUCUAUUUCUGUAAUAAAACAAGUG